CAUCCACCUGCUGAAGGAUGCUGAGCUGCUGGAGGAGGAGGAGGAGGAGGAGGAGGAGGCACGUCACGCUGUGCACGCUCGCGGCGGCCUGUCGUCGCAACGCGGAAGAGACGAAGGAGGAAAAGAGCCUCCACGUCACUGAGGUGUAAUAUUGGCGUCAGUGCAACACAAGGUGCUACCUCAGUACGCUGCCAGUACCAUUGUAUAAUUCAAGAUAUUCCCCAUGUAGGUUUUUUUCGAGAAGUCGUAGUGAGCUGUUUUCUGCACGGAGCGGCCGCCUCGGUACAGACGCUGGGAAUCCGCUAAAGAAUUCCCCUCUGCCUCAGCGUCUAGAUGGGUGAAUCAGGCUCACGCCGCUCCACACUCGUGUCCCGCCUGCCGAUCUUCCGCCGCAGCAGCAGUAAGAGGCAGGAGUCUCUGCCCUCCUCUCCGUCUUCAGGCGGGGUGGGAAAUGGCGUCCACAGCUCGUCGCCUUCCAGCACCAACUCCAGCUCUGGCAGUACUGGGAAACGCCGGAGCCUUUUCCGUGCUCCAUCUCUCGGUUUCGCAGCUAAACGGAAUAGUGAGCCACGUGUCCAGCCCAUAAACCUGAACCUCACACCUCCACUGACACAGGGCACUGACACAAAUGGAAAUAACCAGCAGGCGAUAACGACAUCGUUGUCCACAGGGUUCGGUGAUGGUGGUGGACGCCCCAAGUCACGGCACUCAUUUGGGUUCGGCAGCCACAAGAAGAAAAUCCCGCGCUCUCAGACCGAGGAUUUUGACAAGGCGUCCUCUUCCUCCUCCACAACCAAUCGAAAUGUGUUUAUAAACUGCAUCAGUGGCUCAGGUGCCAAUGAGGGUGAUGACUCCGGGUUCCUCGAUGACUACAGCGGUGCCAGUAAUAACAACAAACGGUCAUCACGCCACAAGAAACAGCUACUACCCAAAUCUUUUUCAGCUCACCACCGCUUCUCCCGCACCUCUGAUCACCACAGACCUCCAGAAGUAAACCUCGAACCUCCAAGCUCCACUACCAUCACGCCUGGGGAAGGAGGGCUCAUGCCCGGGGAAGGAGGGCUCACACCAGGGGAAGGAGGGCUCACCCCAGGGUCAUGGCCAGGCGAGCUGCUUGGUGCCGGUGGUGAGAGCUCACUCCAGUCCCCAAUGAUAUCAGAAGACCAAACUACAGCCAUCACCCCUUCGGAGUUCAUCCCCAUCACAGAGGAUUCUGUGUCUGAGGUGGAUGCCCUGCCAGCUCCCAGCCCUGGAUCUGGUUUAGGGCCAGAACCAGUCUCUGUGCCUGGGCUGGCGGCUGACACAGCUCCACUUGACCCUCCACCUGCUCCAGAGAACUUCAGCGUUGCUGUCUCUACCUCCCAGGUUUUCUUCACUCCAGCCGAGUCCAGCACCGAAAAACCUUUACUCCCUGACACCAGCACAGCCAACAACACAGACUAUGAGACUGCCAUUUCACUCUCGGAGCCCGAGACAGCUGUACCCUGCCUACCUCUGCAGGAACAAUCACUGGAAGAGAGGAAGGAGAGGGAGGAGGAGAGAAAGGAAGCAAAGGAAGAGGUGUCAGCAGAGCAGAGGAAGGAGUUGGUGGAGGAGAGGAAGACAGGUUAUCAAACAGAGACCACGAGUGAGAGCGAGGCAUGUGUGGUACGCAGCGAGGGUUGCCACUCUAACCCGGAGCAAUCGGAAAGGAGGGCAAGACACACGCUCUCUUUUCAAGAAAGAGGAAGCUUCUGUGGCUGCCAUGAACCCAGGUCCUCUCAUUUGAGGAAACCACAUGCAGCCUCUCUGUGUAGCAGUGUCAGUCCGUAUCAUGAGGUGAUGCGGAUGGAAAGGCGUCUGCGCUCCUCGUCUGAGGGGGCUGGUGGGCCUCGUAUCCAUGGAAACCACAGAGAUGCCCCGGGCAUGGAGGGAGGUGGUUUGCUCAAACACAGAAACAACUCCUCCUCAUCCAAACUGGGAAGUCUGGAUGUUUUAAACAACCUGGGUUCCUCAGAGCUUGAUGAAGAUGAUCUUAUGUUGGACCUGGACCUCUCUGACGAUCAGCGACAUCGACACGUGUCCAGAGAAGACUCCAGCCAGUCCCUGGCCUCCUGUCUCAACCUGCUCCCCUCCCCCAUGGAUCCAUCAGGAGAACGCAUCCUGGGGAAAGAAACCAAUCAGAGGGAGCCCAGCCGUCCAACCAGCCUGCUGCCUGCUGACUGGAGCUCCGGGCUGGGUUUGGGGAGGGAAGAUGAGCCGUUACCUCCAGGGCUGGAAACCCUUCCACUUCGACUGAUGCAGCAGGACUGCACUGCUGUCAAAACCCUGCUUUUAAGGCUGAGACGGACACUGCAGGAGAGCACAGAAACGAGUCCAGCCAGCAGCCUCCAGUCUCUUCCCAUAAGCCCCUGCAGUGAGAAGUCCCUUCCAUUCAAGGAUCCCGGCAGAGAGGAGGCCUUGCUGCAACAACUGAGAGAGAAAGAUGAGCUGAUUCUCAGACUCCAGGGUGAACUGGAGAGUGCCAAAGCUGCCCUGAAGAUGAAAGACUGCCAAACGACAGACCGCACAACACAGACAGAACACGUGGGGCCAGAGACCAAUCAUCCAGGCCGGUGGUCAGGACUCGGCAGCAGCAGCCUGGCUCCAAGGGACCGAAGAGUAGUGCGGGGUGUGGGGGCAGCACUCGCAGGGGACCUCUCUAACCGGGACCUCUCUAACCAGCACCUCUCCUACCACUAUCCAUCUUUGCACGGCCGGCCUCCUGCUUCCGAACGACACACUGCCAGGGAGGAUCGCCGCUGCCAGGGGGUGUUGGCACAGUCCACAGCUCAUAACCCUGCUCCAAAUCUGGCUCCGAGCUCCUCCAACCUGUCCUCUGCCACUUCUGCAGCGUCAGCCUCACCGACUACUCCAGCCCAGCUUCAAGUUUCAAAUCAAUGCCCAGGCUCCGGUUCAGUGGCUGCUAAUCACACCGCAAUUCCAUCUCUGUCCUGCAGGCAGCCAGAGGGGGUGUCCUCCUCUUCUGAGUCCUUAACUCAAGGAGGAGGAGGUGGAGUGAGUCUGUCAAGUGGGGUAAGGAGAGGAGGAGAACACCAUCCCCCUAGCCAUAUCCCUCGUGCAGUUGGUGCAAGCUCCUCCUCAAGCCUCCACAGUCUUGCAAGCAGAGGGAGCCCCUCUCCGAGCAUCUCGUCGUCCGCCCAAGCCUCCCCUCCGCCCCCUACUCCUUCUUCAGCGUCCUCUUCCUCGUCCUCGUCCUCUACCUUCACAGGUCGUUUAGGACAGCCACCUCGAGGCCCUCUGUCUCUGCAUAGCUAUAGUCGGAAAAACGUCUUCCUCCAACAUUCCCUACACACUUCUGAGCUGCAAGCGCUGACGCAGAGAGACAGUUGAGGGUACACAAACAUUUACGCCAUCCCAACCAUUAGCAGCCAUAUUGACUUCAGUGACUUUAUAGAAAAACUGCUGCUCCUUCAGAACAAGUUGUUCGUGUCCCAAUUCCUCCCCAGAAUCAUCGACCACACGCGCUUACAAUCAUGCUUGUCUCUCUUUGCAAUCCAGACCAGCCCUUUGCUGACAUUUUGUUCAUAGAUUUGCUCACUUAUACACACAGACACACACACACACAGACACACACAUCAGACUGUGAGCAUGAAAAAGGCACUCACUCGUCUAUCAGAGCUCCCACGUUGUGUCAUGCUGACAGUUUAGAUGUGCUUACGCCCACAGACACACAAAGUGCACACAGACUUACAACCUCAUAUCUGUGAGGUUCUAGUCACACACACACACACACACACACACACACUGACACAGAGACAUCUUCUGUGAUAUCUCUGCCUCACAAUCUGCGCAAAUAACAGGGUGUUAAACCUGAACAAAGAAAUGCGGUAUGUAUUUGUGUGUGCGUUGUGUUAAAGAUUUCUUUUUUAUUCAUUUAUUUGAUCGUCUUUAAGACCAUGUGCUGCUGCUUUAAGGAACUAUACUGACUCUAGUUUGCGCUGGUACGGAUAUGUUGCCAAACGUUGCCAAACAUCAAAUCAUCUCUUCAUGCCCUGAUGUCCAACGACAGGAGUCCAGAUGCAAACACGUUUAGAUGAACCACAUCCACGUCACGACCCUUUUACUGCAUGCUUUUUAAAAUUUAAGGAAAACACAGGUGAGCAUUUUGUACUGCAGGAUCCGAGUGACUGAAUCUUUUAAUAAUGUUUCAGUACCAACUCUCACCUCAGUGUUUCAAGAAGGGAAUCAAACAUGCCUCUAAGCCACGAGUCUGUUUGUAGAGUGUUUUAAGGACUACAUGUCUAUCCUCCUGCUUACAUCAAUAAGACAUUCGAUGGCUUAACACUUCACUGGACCACUGUUUUUUGUAGGAAUACAAUGUUGAAAUAUUACCCACAUUAUAUACAAAAGUCAAUGUGUAUCUGCAAUGUUAGACUAGUACAGUACAGAAGCUGAAAUGAAGAGUUUCAUUCUAAAAUGAGAUAUCUGCCAGUUGAAGAGACACUUAAGAGCAUAAUGACAAAAUCACACUUUAGUAGGGAGCACUACUGAACCCCUAACUAACAAAAGAAACAGACUGAGAUUGAGUUUCAGCAUUAUGCAUUUUUUCCCAAAAUGGGGAAAAAAACAAGGAUCAGAUUUUGGAAUGAAGCCCUUCAAAUCUUCUUUAGGGCUGGGUAUUGAACAGGGAUACUUACUGGUGCUUUGCUAAAUGACCGUGUCAAUAUUCAUUUUUAGGAUUCAAAAGGAAAAAGAAAUGUCAUCACAGAUGGCUGACACGUUUCCUUAUGACAAUUUUCCUGAGGCAAUCAGUUUAGUAGAGUCUGAAUCGGCUUAGGGAAAAAAACAGAAAGUUGUUUGAUCAAGUAAUUAUAGAAAAAAACUGAAUGAUUUUACAAACCAUCCCAUUUGUAAAAGCAUCAGCACUGAGUGUUUUCCUACUGAUACCCAGUCCCUGUAUGUUAGCCUCCUUUUAUCUUCCUGAUCUCAGACGUGUUGGUUAUAUAAAAAAAAAAAGAAACUUAACUAAUGAGGUGGCAUUUGGUAUAAAAGACUAGCAGUUAUGUUGUUUUGGACAGUAGGACACCUACCUUUUGAGUGAGAUUUCCAUAAACUGCCAUGAAUCAAACAACAUCAUUCACACUGUGGGGACAAAACGUGUCACAAUUUAAUGAGUGAGAAAACCCAUCCUUUUUCUACGUCUGUGAACAACUGGACUGCAUAACGAUCUGUUCAGUCUGCCACUGUUGAAUAUAUUUCGUCUGGUCUUCUGACUAGACUGUCGAACAGGCUUUUUUUUUUUCUCCCCCCUCCCCAUAGGCUUCAGGGUAAACAAAUCUUAUAAUGUCAUCUGGGAGGUGGGAGCCUGCUGCUGAGUACAGAAGUUCACAGCUCCCAGCGUCUACAAAAAAAAAAAAAAUGUUAGAUUUUGGAGAAGUUGUUGACCUUGUCUGUCUCUAAACGGCACCUGACUGUAGGGAAGUUGUAGAAAAUAUGUGUGUGUGUGUGUGUGUGUGUGUGUGUGUUGUUAUAUAUACACCUCUUGAGGCAUGGACCUGGUAGAGGUGAAGAAAGGCCUGAAGGAAGAUAGCUUUGCUCCAAUUGGUGGAAGCUACAACUCUCCCACUGGCUUGUUUCACCAACACUGGCAAUUUCCUUUCUUUUUAUCCCACCUCUUGCCUCUGUCUUUUCUCUUUCUGUCUUCAUUUCUUUCUCCACUCCUCAUUCCCCUUCAACCUGCAACCUCACCCAACAUCCCACUCUACUGCAUACAAACUCAGUAGUUCCUUUUGUUCCUCUUUUUUUUUUCAGUCUGUUCUCUUCCUUCUUACUCAUCAGCUCUCCCUCCAUCUCUCUCCCCCUGCUUAGCUCACUAACCCACAGAUUAUAUUGUCAUACAGUGAAUCUAUCACAGACUCUGUUGCAGUGGCUCUCAGUCCUGGGCGUUGGGACCUGCAGCGCUGCUUAUUUUCGUUCCAGCUGUCUAAUCAGGGAAUCAUUUUACACCUGGUGAAUGUAGUUAACUUCCUGGUAGGGUAUACGGCCAUCAGUAAUGUGGCUCAGCUCUAAUGUGAACUAAACAUUCCCUGCUUGGUUUGUUUACAGGUGCAGGGUAACAGUUUUUCUGUCGUUGGCUGACCCCUUAUAAACUGCUAUUUACAUCCCUCGUCAGUGCAUGCAUCAUGAUGUGAAAUGUCAUGAGGGAGCAUUUGGCCCUGUUUGCACUGCCCACUCAGAUUUUAUUUUUUCCCCGUGUGUCAAAGAGCUGUGCUCGUUUCAGCUGUGUUCAAAUUGGAAAAAAACGCAAAGGUAGUUCGCUGGUUAUGUCACAUAUCAUGAAAGGGAAAAAGCCGCAUCUGAGAUGGCAGUUCAAAUGUGGCACUGCACUGAGGUCUUUUAAAGACAUUACUCCAUGUCAAACUGUACGAGGGAACUGAUUAAUUGCUGGGGAAACAAGGGUCUGCAAUCACGGAGAGGGCACACCUCACAAACCUCAAUUUCUUUACUGUAUUCAGCAGCAUGUUGUUCAUUUAAGACACUACAUUUCAUUUGUUGGGAAGUAAUUUAUUAUUUUCUGCCUUAUUUAUAUUUAUUGCCAUAGAGCCAGUUUCGUAAAAGCAUCUUGGCACUAACAAAUAAAGAUAGAAGUCAUGAUAAUAAUCAUGAUGGAAGUGACAAUAACAGUAAUAAUAAUCACAAUGUUAUUGUUAUAAUUUUAUUCAGUCACAGAUAUUAUACUGUCCUAGCUUUUUAAUGUGCUUACUGUGAUUAUGGUUGUUUCUUUAUGAAUUGCUGUAAUAAUGAGAUUGAACUGUAUAAUUGUACAUAAAUUACUAUAACUGUUGAUGUUCACUGUUCAUGAACACGAAUGUUUCGUGCUCAUGUAAAUGGCACUUGUGACGAUGAGGGUUCACACACACACAGAUUAAAACACAACAAAACAAGUGAAGAUUUUGUUUUGUUGACAAAAGUCAAAUGCAGCCGGAGGUCUGAGCUGUUACCAAAGCGUUUCAGGCUACAGUUACACAUCAGAAAACAAA